AUUUGAAUCCUGGAACUAGGCGACUUCUCGAAGAUCCCCAGCUUGCGGGCCCGGAGCGCAGUCCUAACGGCGCGGCGGAAGCUAGGGCUCUGUGUCCAGUCCGCGUCCUUCCCUGGGCGGGGCUGCCAGUCUUGCCUGUCCGUUUCCUCAUGGCGCUUCUCCGACGCCCGACGGUGUCCGCUGAUUUAGAGAAUAAUGACACAGGAGUUAAUUCUAAACCUAAAAGUCAUGUGACUAUCAGGCGGGCAGUUUUAGAAGAAAUUGGAAAUCGGGUUACAACCCGAGCCAUACAGGCAGCUAAGAAAGCCCAGAACACUAAAGUACCUGUUCCACCCACCAAAACAACAAAUGUCAACAAGCACCCGAAACCGACUGCGUCUGUGAAACCAGUGCAGAUGGAUGUGUUGGCUCCAAAGGGUCCUUCUCCCACACCGCAGGACAUCUCCAUGAAGGAAGAAAACCUCUGCCAAGCUUUUUCUGAUGCCUUGCUCUGCAAAAUUGAGGAUAUUGAUACUGAGGACUGGGAGAACCCUCAGCUCUGCAGCGACUAUGUGAAGGAUAUCUACCAGUAUCUAAGGCAGCUUGAGGUGCUGCAGUCCAUAAGCCCACACUUCCUAGAUGGGAGAGACAUAAACGGCCGCAUGCGUGCCAUCCUGGUGGACUGGCUGGUGCAAGUGCACUCCAAGUUCAGGCUGCUGCAGGAAACGCUGUACAUGUGUGUUGCCGUCAUGGACCGAUAUUUACAGGUUCAGCCAGUCUCCCGUAAGAAGCUUCAGCUGGUUGGCAUUACGGCACUGCUCUUGGCUUCCAAGUACGAGGAAAUGUUUUCUCCAAACAUCGAAGACUUUGUUUACAUCACUGACAAUGCUUAUACCAGUUCUCAAAUUCGAGAAAUGGAAACUCUGAUUUUGAAGGAACUGAAAUUUGAGCUGGGUCGACCGUUGCCACUACAUUUCUUAAGGCGGGCAUCGAAAGCUGGGGAGGUUGAUGUUGAGCAGCACACUUUAGCCAAAUACUUGAUGGAGCUGACUCUCGUUGACUAUGACAUGGUGCACUAUCACCCAUCCAAGGUGGCGGCAGCUGCUUCCUGCCUGUCCCAGAAGGUUCUAGGCCAAGGAAAAUGGAACUUAAAGCAGCAGUAUUACACUGGCUACACAGAGAGCGAGGUGCUGGAGGUCAUGCGGCACAUGGCCAAAAACGUCGUGCGUGUCAACGAGAACAUGACCAAGUUCACCAUGACUUCUGCAGGCCAUCAAGAAUAAGUAUGCAAGCAGCAAACUCCUAAAGAUCAGCACGAUUCCUCAGUUGAACUCAAAAGCCAUCCAGGAGCUUGCCUCACCUCUGCUGGGACGGUCCUAGGCUCCAGGGCCCUGGGGAAGACUGUGUCAUCUGUGCACUUUGUCUUGCUGAUCUGGAAUUCCUGAGUUUGUAUAUAGUCGUCUGGUCUAUCUCAUGAAACCUCUUAGACCAGUUUUCUAAAUGUAUAUUGAGGAAAAAUAAAGCUAUUGAUUUUCUUAAGGUA